CCUCGGACGGCUUGCUGACAUGUUCAGGGGGAUGAAGGCCUGGUUCUCUCAGAGUGUAGACAGCAGCCUGAUCCAGAUUUGGGAAUCUGAAGGCGGUGUUACUACAACUCAUCACCAUGCUAAUUACCUCUUCAGCAGUGAUGCAGCCCACCAUGAUACCCAGAGAAUAUAUAACAGUCUGGAUUAUGUUGAAAACAAGGCUACUGUCUUCCAUGCCAGCUUCCUAAAAACAAGCGCCAGAUCUAAAGCCAGCAAUACGAUGGCCCUUGGACAUUUUAUCCUCCCCCCAGCUUGUCUUCACGAAGAAAUCAGAAGAGAAAUUGGCAACUUUAUCUGGGAGCAGGAUGACACACAACAGAAGAAGCAGGAUGGUAAAACCUUGAGUGGUGCUGAAGAGAAUGAUCACAGGAAUCCGGAAUGUGAUUUAAGGAAUAAGGACUUGAUGUCUGAUAAUGGAUCCUCUGAUGAAGGCAUAUGCCAUACCUUUCCGAAUUUUCCUGGAAAUAAUAUGCACACAGGUUAUAUUUCCAUUGAUCAACUUAAGAAAUUCCCAGGAGAGCUGCAUGAUUUUACACCGGACUCCUCAGAAUAUUUUGUUUAUUCUAUUUAAGCUCCAAGUUACAAAUUUUUUGAAAGGCAUAAAAAUGUGUUGACUGUUACCAUAAUAUUUUAUGUAAUUCUUUUGCAUUGGAUUUCUGUACAAAAAUUCAAUAAUUUGGUCAAACUGA